UUUUAGCGGAUUCGCUCCACCCCCGUAUGAGUCAGAGGUUUUUACGAGAGCUCCAGUAGUGACAGCUCAAAGCUGUCCACGUCAACACUAAAACACCACCAUGGACUCCGUGACUCUGGAGCCUUCAUUGUACACGGUUAAAGCAGUCUUUAUCUUGGAUAAUGAUGGAAAUCGACUUCUUUCAAAGUACUAUGACACAGACCUGUAUCCAUCUAUGAAGGAGCAGAAAAAUUUUGAGAAGAACGUCUUCAACAAAACACAUAAAGCAGACAAUGAAAUAGCCUUCCUGGAGGGCAUGACUAUAGUGUACAAGUGCAGUAUAGACCUGUUCUUCUACGUUGUGGGCAGUGCACAGGAAAAUGAGCUGAUGUUGAUGGCAGUGUUGAACUGUCUGUUUGAGUCUCUAAAUCAGAUCCUGAGGAAAAACGUGGAGAAAAGAUGUCUGCUGGAUAAUUUGGAUGGAGCUUUUCUGGUGGUGGAUGAGAUCAUUGAUGGAGGGGUGAUCCUGGAGAGCGACCCUCAGCAGGUAGUUGAGAAGGUGAACUACAGGACUGAUGACAACCCGCUGUCAGAACACAGUGUGGCUCAGCAUAUCACUGAGAAACUGGCUAUCACAACUAAUGUGUUACAGACGGCAAAAGAACAGAUUAAGUGGUCAAUACUGAAAUAAUCCAGUUCACACUGAUUGGAUCUGAAAUUUUGCAGCCAUUCGAUUUUAUAUUGUAUGAAACCCACUAGACUAAUUAAUUAUAAUACUAGCUGUAGGUUCAGCUGUUUUUAUUAUUAAGCCAUUCAGAUUUGAAUGCUUUAUUAAACAGGUUAUACUGUGCAUAAAACUAAGAAGAAGGGUUAUUUUCCACACAUUUUACGUUUGAUUACAGUUGUUCCAGAAGUUCCUUGUAUUUAAUAAUUUGGACGGUAAUAAUCGACCUGAUUUGCACUGAACAUGUUCAGCAUGUGCACCAGAUGCUAUAAUUUAAAAAACAAACUGGGAGUAUUCAAAACUUGUAAUUUAGUUUUGUAUUUAUUAUUUUAAGAUUGUAGCACACUUCUUUCAGUUGUAGCCAAACUUAUAAUAUGUCAAAUAAUAUCUGCUUUAUAACAGGAGAUAGGAGACACUUCAUACAAGUGGUUUUGUUACUUUGGUUUACGUCUGUAUUUUUUGUUACACUGGGCCUAUUAGCAGGCCCUGCACUAUCCAGAUGUUUUUGAAUGUUUUGUUAAGAAACCAAAGAGAAAUGUAAAGAUAAACUUGUAUGUUACUGAAUAAAUAUAAGGACGGUAUUUUCAUGUCCUGUAUUAAUCAUUAGAUACAUUUAUUUAAGCUGUCUGUAACGAAAACUUUAAUAAGACAUAAGGUGACCUGUAACCUUAUUGCGCGUAAAAGGAAUUAAUAAUUCUAUUAUGCAUUGAGUAAUCCGUCGUUUUUAUCUUGGUAGAAAUAGUCUGAGUGAUGUUUUAUUUAAGAAAAAAAUAAUCUGUUAAUUAGCUGUGGAUGUUAAUAAAUCAUUUUCAUAAGA